ACUUGAGCCUUUUCUCGACCGGUUAAUAGAGAAAAGGUUUAGCAAUAUUAACAGAUCUCUGAAAGUGAAUCCCUCAUUUUCAAAUUUUCAUAAAAAUUCUCUCUUAAUCGAUUUCGAUUUUUACAACUUUUUUAGCUCUGAGUUUCUGAGCUCGGUUUUCCUGUCGUGAAUACAAUCAUUCUCGUUUGUUUAGAACCAACUUUCAUGUGAACAAAACCAGAAUUCAAAAGAGUAAAACCGGCUCACUGUAAAGUCACAGAGUUUUCAUAACAACAAAACCGCGUUCAAAUGACCAAAACUCAUUUUCAUAAGACAAAAAUGCUCGAGUUAAAGAAGCAUCUUUAUUCAGCUUGUAAGAAGCUUGAGUCAUUAUACACGUGAAUAUGGUAAUUGUACAUUUGUUCAAAUAUUCAUGGAUUUAGUAGCAAUGCAUUAAUAUCGUAGCAAGUUCACUAUUUGUAUAACAAUUACUAAGAGGUGACUGAAAGAACAAAUGAUUAAGUUGUUGCUUUUACUCUGAAUUGAGCUUGAUUUGAAGUUUUGCUUUUUUCAAUGAAAAUUUAUUAUUUUGCAGUUUGAAAUGAUUUAUUUAUUUUAUAUCGCUUUUUACAUUUCAAUUGUUCAUAAAUGCUGUGGAGUGACCGUUGAGAAAGCUGGUCCAGCACCGAUUGAAUCAACUAAUCCAACACUUGCUGAAGAACAAGCAUUUCUUCAGUUGUUUGGUAAUGGAGAUCCAGAUGAAGCAGCAAGUUGUGGACAACUCAUCGAAUCUCGAGGAUUUCAAUAUGAGCGUUAUUAUGUGACAACAAAAGAUGGUUAUAUCCUUCAAAAUUUCCGAAUCAUCAAUCGUUAUGCGAGAGAAGCUCGAAAAACUCUUAAGCCUGUCUUAUUAUUGCAUCCAUUAUUCACGUCAUGUGCAGCCUGGUUGUUCAAUUCACCCGGUGGACACAUAAAGCCGUGGAUAGGCUGUAAUCCACCAAAUGACACUUCAGCUGCGCUUGGAUUCCUUUUGGCCAACUUGGGCUAUGACGUUUGGAUUAUUAAUGUUCGAGGAACAUCUUAUUCAACUAAUCACACACAUCUUGAUCCUGAAGAUCCUGAGUUUUGGGAUUACAGUUUCUACGAAAUUGGAAUUUACGAUGUUACAGCGACAGUUGAACACAUUAAAAAUGAAACUGGAUUCGAAAAGAUAAUUGUUAUUGGUUUUUCACAAGGAACAUUUCAAAUGAUUACUCAAAUGUCUCUGAUGCCAUGGUUUCAAGAUAAUUAUGAUAUCGUCAUCCUGGUUACACCGGGUGGGUUUUUAGGUGAUUUUGGUGCAUUCGCUUCAGUACCGAACAAGCCGAUUCAAGAAAUGUUGAGUUUGAGCAAUGGACCCUUUCCAAGCGAUUCAGCUUUUGUUUUUGGUUCACUUGCUGUAUUAUGUGCUCAACAAUUAACAAAUCCCAUCUGCAUAAAUUUUUUUGAAGAAGCUUUUGGCUUCAAUCGAAAGCAGCUAAACGCAUCCAGAACUAAUGUUUAUGCAAGUCUAAUUGAUCGAACCUCAAAGAAAAAUUUACUCCACAUCUUCCAAUCCGUUGAAAGAGAUCACUUGAGUUUCUUUGAUAAUGGUGAAGUCAAAAACUACGCUUUAUAUGGCUCGGCUGAGCCUCCAGAGUUUCCUUUUUACAAUAUUAAUCCAAAUAAAUUGAUAUUCAUGAGUGGCUUGAAUGACCAGGUUAUAGAUCAACGAAAUGUCCAAAAAUUUAGAAAUUCCCUCUGUGACCGAGUUGAAACUGAUCAUAUAAUUCAAGAUCCUUAUUGGAAUCAUGGUGAUUAUGCAUUAGCACUCGAAGCAUAUGAAUACUUCGGUAGCGUUGUGGUCGAUCUAAUCAGGGAACGUGACGACUUGACUGAAUGUAAACUAAAUCUAUCCGGAAAUUAGAUUUGCUUCAAAGUGUCUUCAAAGAUACAUAACAUGUAUUGUGAUUUCAUAGGAAUAUUAUCAAUUUAAACAUCCAAUUAUUUCUAUAUGAAGUAUAUCAUUGAAUUAAAAAUA